AUGAAGGCCUCUGUGUCUCUUCUUUUGCUGUCAGCCGCCAGCAUGGCGAGCGCUGCCCUGUCUUUCUCCCAGUGCGCACAAAUGUGCCUCGAUAACAUGAAAGCCAAGGCUGGCGAGCUUGGCUGCUCUGCCGGCGACAAUAACUGUCUCUGCUCAAAAGUCAACUACGGAUAUGGUAUCCGUGAUUGCACUACCGAGGCCUGCCCUGGCGACAAUGCCGCCGCUGUCCUAUCCAGCGCUCUUUCCUCUUGCCCUAGUGACUCUGCAGCUGUCACUGCCACAGGAGCUGGUGGCUCUGGCUCUGGCUCUGGCUCCGGCUCCGGCUCUGGCUCUGGCUCCGGCUCUGGCUCGGGCUCUGGUUCUAACUCAGGCUCUGGCUCGGGCUCUGGUUCUGGCUCUGGUUCUGGCUCUGGUUCUGGCUCUGGUUCUGGCUCUGGUUCUGGCUCCGGCUCUAACUCUGGUUCUGGCUCUGGUUCUAACUCUGGCUCUGGCUCUGGCACUGGCACUGGCACUGGCUCUGCCUCUUCCACCGCUACUAGCACCGCUACCGGCAGCGGCAACGGCACGACUGGUGGUGCUGGUGCUGGAGCUGGAGCCUCCUCCACUGGCACCAACCCUUCGGGAACUGGCGCUACUACCUCUGGAGCGAACCCCUCCAACACUGGUGCCGCUACCACAGAAACGACAAUGACUACUACUACUACUAGCGGCUCUGAGAACAGCUCCUCCACUGGCAGCAGUUCCUCCGGGACUGGAGCUGGUAGCGGCUCUUCCACCUCUACCGGCUCUGGUUCCGGCUCCGGCUCCACUUCCACUACUGCCCCCAACAGCUCGUCCACUGGCAACGUUGCCCCUCGCGGCGCUGUCGUUGGUUCCGGUGCCGUCGGAGCCCUGGCCCUCGCUGCCUUGGUCAUCCUCUAA